GGUAAAAAUGUCAUUCUGAAAUCAAUUUCAAUCAAUCGGUUUCUUGUGUUUCAAUGUAAUUUCGAUACAGAUUUAUUUGGUAUCGCAUAAUUUGAUUCAGUUAAGAACAACAAGCGCAAUGAGUCGUACAGUGACCAAUUUAUGCAAAGUUAUGCUAUUUGUCUUAGUAUUGAUGAGUAUAAUUUCUCAUGUAGUUAUUGCAAGCACUGCCCCUAAAAAAUUGCAAAUUGGGGUAAAGAAAAGACCUUCAGAGUGUCCCAUUAAAAGCAGGAAAGGUGAUCUACUGCACAUGCACUAUACGGGUACUUUAGAUGAUGGUACUGAAUUUGACAGCUCAAUUCCUAGGGGAAAUCCUCUCACCUUCACAUUGGGUUCUGGUCAGGUCAUUAAAGGGUGGGACCAGGGCCUCUUGUUCAUGUGUGAAGGAGAACAGCGAAAGUUGGUCAUUCCGCCUGAGCUUGCAUAUGGUGAAGCCGGAGCACCCCCUAAAAUUCCCAAGUCUGCAACACUCACAUUCCAUGUUGAUCUUGUAAAAAUUGAAAGAAAGGAUGAAUUGUAAAUAAUGUAAAUGCUAUCUGUCCAUGUUACACUCUGUAAUGUAAAUAAGUCAGAUAUCAUUUAGUUGUACCGUUUAAGUGUAUUUAUUUUGUUGAAGUGUAAAAUGUGAACAAACAUCCCAAAUGUAUGCAAAACCUCAUUUUUACAAAUUUAAUUGUGAAUAUGCAUUAAGUACCUAUGAAUAAAUAAAUAGUGUUAUAAGAACUAAAA